AUCUCCUCAUUCCUCGGUCGCCAUCCGCACAACACACACGUGCCGUGCCCGCGUAUCGUUCUACCCAGUGUUCGUGUUAAGUGACUCUCACAAUGAAAGCGAUAACGGCAGUUUGCGCGACGGGCGCCUCGGUGCCGGCGAUCGCCAGCGGUCGGGUGCAGAGGCACCGUGACGGCGAGAACGCAGAGAUACAGAUGUACCUCUCCAAGCUGCAGGAUUUGGUGCCAUUCAUGCCGAAGAACAGGAAGAUCUCCAAGUUGGAGGUGAUCCAGCACGUGAUCGACUACAUCUGCGACCUGCAGUCGGCGCUGGAAAACCACCCCGCGGUGGGUCAGUUCGACGCGGAGGGGGCGCUGGCGUCACCGCCGUGUGCCACCUCGCCGCAACCCCGCCCGCAGCGACGGCCGCUGGGACCUCGCGCCGCGCCCAACACCAUCCUGCGCAGAUCACCCUCCGCACAGGAACACAGAAACCAAACGACGCCAGAAAAGCAGAACCAGCCGGACAGGCCGACGUCGUGUUAAGUGAUGUGUUGAUUGAUAAAGACAAUGAAUUAAUGGUAAUACAAAUAUACCUCGAAGAGCGGCGCAGUGCAAGCGUCGCUGGGAGGCUAGAGGAGCUCACGGGAGGGCCGGGGCGCCUCCGGCACAGUUCCACUGAAGAUCCUCGGCGCGAUGAUAUCCUAUAUACUGAGAUCUCGUUACGAUCAAUAAAAUUCUAUUAUAGUUAGUGUUUUGUGGCAUUAUACACGAAGACUUGAGCAUUGCAAUGCAAUCAACCGCGACCCGCGUCAGCGGCGCGGCUUGUUUUGUUAUGUUUUGUGUAAAAAGCUUUACUAGGUAGUCCGAUGUAUGUACAUUUUUCAUGUUUGUAAAUAAGUAUGUUGAGUGGCUCGCGGAAAAUUCUGCAAUAUUUAAAUAUUUUUUCUUGCAACACAAAUAAAUACACAUUAUACAAUAUUUGGGAACACACUACGUACAAAUUGUAGUAAUUCAAAUGAUGUUGUAGAUGUUUAAUUAUAAAACGAUGCUUCCAUUUAUAUCAAAGAUGUGAAUCGAUUGUAAGUUGAUUUGCUUAAAUAAUUUUAUUAUUUAAAAAGUUAUAAUUUGAAGAGUGUGAUUUUGCAUGGCGAUUAGGUUGGCAUUAAUUUAAGAACAUAUUAUUUGUAAGUGUUGAGCGCAAACCGACUUAUUAUUUAAUUAUGAUUUGCGUUUGAUACAGCUAUUUGUAAAUAGUGUAAGUAAUUGAAAGAUAUAAAAAAGUAAUAUUGGAAAAAAUUAUAUCGAAUUGAAAACUAUUAUGAUUUUAUUUUGAACAUAAGGUGAAAAUGCUUUAAUUAUCUUAUUAAACAUUAUUAUUACAUAUGGUGUAUUAUAAUUUUAAAUAGACUGUUAUAGUUUUAGUUGACGAAGUAUGAUGAUGGCACGGUCAUACAAUUGUUUUGUUAUAUUCUUGUGUGCGUAGUCGGUGGUCACCGAGUGCGGCCGGAACUUUUUCAAACACCCGUCAUUGUCACAAAUUGUACUACUUUGAUUGCAUUUCACACUAUUAUCGUCUCCUUAUUAUUUAGUUGUAAAACAAUUGCGCACUGAUUUGUACGUUAAGUACUUUUGAAACAAACAAAACAGAUAUAAUAAAAACCUUUGUAAUGAC